CAAGGCCAGGUAAUACUAUUUUUUCUUUUUUCUAACAGGAGGACAAAUAGUUAGUUGUUUGCUUUGGUCACCCAAGUUCAAGUUAUUGGACCAUGGUCCUAUGCAUAUAAAAAGUCUAGUUUGAGCCACUGUUUGGGGGCAGCCUUACCUGGCUAAGCACAGACCUUGGGAGUUCUUCCUGCUUUGCAAAAUGAUGACUAUCUCUUUGAUUUGGGGAAUUGCUGUGGUAGUAUGCUGCUGCAUAUGGGUUAUCUUUGGCAUAAGGAGAAGGAAAGUAGGGGAACCUCCACUGGAAAAUGGGCUGAUUCCAUACCUGGGUUGUGCUCUGAAAUUUGGGUCCAAUCCUCUUGAGUUCCUGAGAGCCAAUCAAAGGAAGCAUGGUCAUGUCUUUACCUGCAAACUAAUGGGGAAAUAUGUCCACUUCAUCACAAACUCCUUGUCAUACCAUAAGGUGUUAUGUCAUGGAAAAUAUUUUGACUGGAAAAAAUUUCAUUACACUACUUCUGCAAAGGUAUUUGGACACAGAAGCAUUGACCCAAAUGAUGGAAAUACCACGGAAAACAUAAACAACACUUUUACAAAAACCCUCCAGGGAGAAGCUUUGCAUUCACUCUCUGAAGCCAUGAUGCAAAACCUCCAUUCUGUCAUGAGGCGGCCUGGCCUUCCUAAAUCAAAGAGUGCUGCCUGGGUCACCGAAGGAAUGUACGCCUUCUGCUACCGAGUGAUGUUUGAAGCAGGAUAUCUAACUCUGUUUGGCAGAGAUCCUUCAAAGCCAGACACACAAAGAGCGCUUAUUCUAAACAACCUUGACAACUUCAAGCAGUUUGAUCAAGUCUUUCCAGCGCUAGCAGCAGGCCUUCCUAUUCACUUGUUCAAGACGGCACAUAAGGCCCGGGAAAAGCUGGCUGAGAGUUUGAAGCAUGAGAUCUCUGUGAGGGACCAGGUCUCUGAACUGAUCCGUCUGCGCAUGUUUCUCAAUGACACUCUUUCCACCUUUGACGACAUGGAGAAGGCCAAGACACACCUCGUUAUCCUCUGGGCAUCUCAAGCAAACACCAUUCCUGCAACUUUCUGGAGCUUGUUUCAAAUGAUCAGGAAUCCUGAAGCAUUGAAAGCAGCCUCUGAAGAAGUGACUGGAGCAUUACAGAGUGCUGGCCAAAAGCCCAGCCCUGGAGGGAAUGCCAUUUAUUUGGAUCAAAUGCAACUGAAUGACCUGCCAGUACUAGGUGUGCUUCCCAUGCUACCUCUCAGUUACAUCACCAGCAAUGAUGCUCAACAUAUAUUGUACUACAUUCUUGAUAUUAUGCUAACCCUGCAACAGCCUGAUAACUAGGGACAUUACCAUUUUUAUCUAACAAGCAAGGGACUGAGUCCCAGGGGGUGGGAUGAUGCUGGAAUCAAAGGCUGGAACAGUGGCAACACUGGAAUAGGACUUUUGAUACUCA